AUGGGGACACGACGAAUGAUCGAGCAUGGUGCCCGCUCGGCUGGCGCAUUGCGACGGAAAGGAAGCAAGGGCAAAGAUCCAUUCGAACGACACGAUCUCAAGGCUAUCGACGAGAUGCAAGCAGUCGGGGUCACCACCGUGCCAGCUCGCACCAGCGGGCCGCAACGCAAGUCACGGCUACGGAAUCGUUCUUCCGCCGUCUCCACGGGUGACACGGGAACAUCAGGCGUUUCGCAGGGCUCGGCCGCAGCGGGGACGCGCCUGGCAGGUGGAAGCAUUACCAGCAGUAGAAGCAGCCGCAAUCAUCAGGAUCAGAUUUCGGAGGAGGAUCUGGAGGGCGUGGAUCGGAGAGCAAUCUGCGAGGACAUCUUGACGGGGGGACACGUGCAAACGUUCGUCGACUUUUUCUACCUCACGCACAGACCAGCCCCCGCGCAAGAUGCCACGGAUCCAGGGAAAGGCUCGGCGGAGGUCAACGUCCUAAAGCGAGAGAUGCUUUUCAUCAGGGAUAACCUGGUCGCGGCGGAGAGUGCUCGACGGCGAGGAGACACCGCCGCCGUGUACAAGGCUUACAACAGACGAACCCCGGUUAAACUUAACCGACGCACAUACGGCUGCACCUGCAACAAAACACACAGCCUGGCGCAGUACUACCAAGAGAUGAACGACCCCAAGACCGGCGUGUACUUCCACGAGAAGUGCCUGGAAAUCAGUCGCCUGACCGCCGACAGGGGAGGCGAGAUGAGCGCGAACCACCGUCUCGGAGUCGCGUACGAAAAAAUGGGAGACGUGGUGGCGGCGACAAACUACCACGAGAGGCACCAGGAGCUGGCUACUGCGGUGAACAUCCCGGACGAACAAAAGGAAGCCAACAAGUCUCUCAUCAACGUGUACCGCAAGUUCGCGGAGGAGCGCGAGUCGGGGGGGUUUUACAAGGAGUCCAUCGAGUUCUGGGCCAAAAGCUUGGAGGCGGCGAGGUCGGCGGGGGACAAGGCCGCCCUGGGACAGGCCUGCUACCGCCUCGGCAAGGCUUACACGGAGCUCGAGGAUCCCACGAGUCUAUGUCUUACAAUCUCCUCUCUCUGCUUUCUCUGUGUUUCGCGCCCACCCUCUCCUCCAGCGCUUGUGGACAUGUCCCGGGCGUUCUUGGGGAUCGCCGCGGGCAACGAGAUGUCGGAAGACUACAUGAACGCCGUCGCCUCUGAUGUCGGUGCUCUGCUCGAUUGGAAGAGCAACCGGAUCAGGCCGUCCCCAGCAGCCAACAAACGAAUGUGA